AUGGUCAACAACACUGAAUAUUACAAGAUCUUGGGCGUCGGCAAGGACGCCAACGAGACUGAACUCAAGAAGGCCUACCGCAAAGAGUCCUUGAAAUGGCACCCGGACAAGAACCCAGGCGACAAGCGCGCCGCGGCCGAGGAGAAGUUCAAGAAGAUUGGAGAAGCCUAUGAGGUCCUCUCUGACACUAACAAGAGAGAGAUCUACGACCAGCUUGGUGAAGAGGGGUUGAAGAAUGGAGGCGGCGGCGGAGGUGGUGGGUUCGGAGGGUUCCCGGGAGGCGGAGGUGGACACUACAGUGCUGCCGACCCCAACGACAUCUUCAACACCUUCUUCUCCAGCAUGGGCGGCGGUGGAGGCGGACACGACGACAUCUUCUCCUCCUUUGGCGGUGGCUCUUCGUUCGGGGGUGGUGGUAUGGGGGGUGGCCGUGGUCCCCGGGCACGAACGCGGGCAAGCGGUAUGGGCGGCGGUAUGCCUGGCGGUUUCGGUGGUGGCUCUGCCGACCCUCCUCCUCCUGUGGGCGAAAUCAUCAAACCUCUCGCUCUUACGCUCGAGGAGCUGUACAAGGGCGGCACCAAGAGGCUCAAGAUUACAAGACACUUGCAAAGCGGAGGGCAGGCGGAGAAGAUUUUGGAGGUGGCGUACAAGGCGGGCUGGAAGAAGGGCACAAAGAUCAAGUUUGCGGGUGCUGGUAACGAGGACGAAUACGGACAAGCUCAAACGGUUGCGUUUGUGGUGGAAGAACGACCUCAUAACCGAUUCGAACGUGUCGACGACGACCUCGUCACCAAACUCAACAUCUCGCUGUCUCAAGCCCUUCUCGGCCCCGACGGUGGAGGCGCCAUCACCAAGGAAGUGGAGCAGCUGGAUGGUAGGAGAAUCCAGGUUACUUUGCCUGAAGGACAAAUCGUCCAACCGGGACAAGAGACGCGAAUUCAAGGAGAAGGCAUGCCCGUCUCCAAAGCCAGCUCGGCCAAGAGGGCUGGAGAUCUUGUGGUCAAGUGGAACGUCGUCUUCCCCACCAGAAUCUCUCCAGAGCAGAGGAAGGAGUUGCGCAAGGUGCUGGGUUAA